AUGAGAUCCACAACAUCCCGCUCCCUCGCAUUGCAGCUCCUUCUGCUCGUGCCGUCUCUCAAUUUCGCCGCCGCGACGCCUGCCUACGAUUGGCCAGCCGGCAUUGAUCCUUCGGUAAAGUACUGGCCGCCUGGAACCGGACCGCCAUCGAAGCGCUCGCUGCAGGAGGAGUACGCCGAGUUCAACACGACGGAUCGAUGCUCCGCCGUCAGGAAGGUCUCCGCAGAGAACCCUGCCGAAAAAUACUACUGGGACUGGGAGCAUGAGGCGAGGAGUCAGCAGGGGUUCCUAGGGCUAAGCAACUUGGAGGUUCCCGAGGAGGAGCCGGAGCUGGAGCUGGAGCUGGAGGAUGGGGAGGACCUUGAGACCCGAUCCAUUACUAAAUACAGGGCACCACUUAGGAUGAGGAGCUUUGUGUCUAAUGACGGCAUCAUUGAUAUACUAUUGGGGAAGAGGCAGAAUUUCGAGUGUCCGACUGGGACUUAUGCUUGCACGGACAUUGGUGUUCCCGGCAGCUGUUGUAGGACGUCCGAGAUCUGCGAGAGGAUUACAGACACUGGCCAACAGUGCGGUGGCAGUCUUACGAGCUGUGGUGAUAAUAUGAAAACCUGUGCCAGUAACCAGGGUGGUGGAUGCUGUAUCUCAGGAUACUCCUGCUCUGUGAAUGGAUGUAUCGCCGAUUCCGCUGCUGGGGCGGCAUCUACCUGCUCCAGUGGCUUUUAUGCCUGCCCUUCAAACGUUGCCGGCGGAUGCUGUCCCUCCGGCCGUCUCUGUGGGGUAACUGACUGCCCUACCCAGACUGCUACUGCUACUGGCGCCGCCGCAAGCGGUGACAUUUGCCCCACGGGAUAUUACACCUGUGCCCCGCAAUACAAUGGCGGGUGUUGCAGAAUUGGUCGCGACUGCGGUAUCACCGAGUGCCCUGAGAGAGCCCUUACAAUCAGUGCAGGGGGCGCUGGAGGAGGAGCCGGAGGAGUUCUCACUAUGACUGCUCCGGCAAGCUGCGCAACGGGAUGGCAGAGCUGUGCAAGCAGCCUUGGGGGUGGAUGCUGCCCCAAUGGUUACAAUUGCGGCUCGACCAACUGCCCAGCGGUCACUCUUGGGAGCACCGCAUAUAUCAUUUCUGGAAGCACUGUAACAACAGCGCUCGUGAUGCCGGCGACCGCCAAGGCCCAGCCCACUAACGCCGCAUCGAUCGUCAUUCCAAACGACGGGAACAAAAUUCAGGACGUCAAGAAGGUCUUUGUUGUCGUUGCUGUCGUUCUUGGUGUUGCGGUUGCUGGUUAG